AUAUGACUGAUCCAAAAAGAGUGUCCUCUAGAAUUUGGGGUGCAGUAACCUGAAUGGAAACAGCACUAAACAGAGAUGGACACGGCAAUGGAGAGAAAAAACAGUCAGUUUGAAAUUCCUGCGCUUUAAUUUUGUGGGAUACCUGCACUUGCACCAAACAGAUCCUCAAUCUGCUUACCUUCCCCCUCCCUUCAUGGUGUGACUUUGCCAACUCUCAGCCUAUCUUUCUGCUUCCGGAAGAAUUUGAAGCCCCUGCCCAUUGAAACGGCCCUUUCUUUUCCUUUCACCUUUUUGGUUCACACUUCCAAUGUCCAUUCCUGGAUAUUUCAUACACCAGCCUUCACUUUUCCAUUUAAUCUUUGCUUUCUACAACACCACCUAUUUAUCUCCAUCUAUCUCCGGAAUUAUCUCUCCUUCAACAUGUUCGCACUUGAGACAUCAGCGCGCUUGGCAGACGUUGCAUGUUGGCAAACAAUGAGAAACAAGGCAGUGGUAAGCAAACCGUGAUUGAAAAAUGUACCUCCUAAAAAUGAUUUGCUUGAUUUCUACUACUGUGGGACUGGGGGACCAUGUUUUUUUCUGCCUGUCACUGACUAUAGCAUUGCAAUAUUGAAGUGCACCGUGCAAGGCGCAUGCCCCGGAACAUUUCAGGGACACUUGUGUACAUUGCCCACUUUCAUUGACAACUCGAUCAUCCUGCGCCCGAUCCUCGGCCAUGUGCGUUCUCUUCGAUCCAGCGGUGCGAUGACGCCCGGUGCUAUGGACGAACACUACAUGCGCUUGGCUCUGUCGGCCGCUGAGCAAGGAAAACGCCUAGGAGAAGUUGCCGUUGGGUGCGUGUUGGUUCAUCAGAGUGGCGAGGUGCUCGCCAUUGGGCACAAUGAAACGAACUGCUCUCGCAACGGCCGCCUGGCCUCUAGGUGGGGCACAAAGAUCACAGUCCGAUCUGCGGAUGGCGAGACCGAGGCACUCGGCAUUGUGAGUUCGUCGCCUCGGAGAAAGUGUUGUGUCGGGCCAACGGUCCGGACUUGCUGCGUCACAGCUGUUUGUAUGUCACGCUGGAACCUUGCAUUAUGUGUGCUGCAGCGCUGCAACACUUGGGUGUGCCUGAAGUGGUGUUUGGUGCUGCCAACUCGCGGUUUGGUGGCUGUGGCGGUACCUUUCACGUGGACAAAAUCACAGCUGAAGGGAAAGGAGAUUCUGGAUGUAACGCUGCCCGGCCAGCCUUGCGGGGUUUCAAUUCUCGAGGUGGCAUCCUGGCAGAGGAGGCUGUGAAGCUCUUACAGGACUUCUACAAAUCGGGCAAUCCAAAUGCUCCCGACGUGAAGCGACAUCGGCCUUUGGAAUCGGAUGCAAGUGCCGGUGAGAUGGAAAAAGAGGUCGUGGGAACCGUGGAGUUGGCUCGCAAAGAUGCAGAGAGAAGCAGGAUUCGUUCUCCACAUGUUCUGCACUUCAUUGAUCGCCAUUUUUCUCGCCAUUUUGGGCUGGUUUGGACAGAAGAACGGCUCAACAAAGAAAGGCGCAAUUCGCAAGAGAUAGGGACAGAGAUACUUUCGCCACACUUGGAGACAUUUUUUUGCCCCUGCACACGGUUUUCAAGCUGA